AUUAAAAAUGCUAUAAUGAAAUAACAAAAUCAAACGAAGUUGAAGCUGUUUACUUCGUUAGUGCAAUAAUUGAUGUACUAACUUUUUUUUUAUCUAUUUAAUAACAACGAGAUGCAACGCUUCCUGGAACAACUAGUCCCAGAAAAGCCGAAGUCAACAUUGGGCUUCGCCACACCAUAUCCGACCCUUCGAGAUCAUCCUUUGCACACGCCGGAACAAUGGUUGGAGGGCAAGAGGACGGAUGACAGAGCUGAAAACCUUUGGCGCAUUAAUGACAGUCUCUAUGAUUUGACGGAUUUCAUCGAGAAACAUCCUGGAGGACAAGACUGGCUCAAAUUUUCUAAGGGUACUGAUAUUACUGAGGCUUUUACAUGCCAUCAUCUUUCGAACGUACCUGAAACCAUAGUAAAAAAGUUCUACGUGAGAGAAGCAAAAGAACCUCGCAAUACGCCUUUCACCUUAAAGGAUGAUGGUUUCUACAAGACAUUGAAAAGUAAUUGCGUAGAGGCGCUGAAGACUAUCGACCAUAAGGAUGAUAAAAAGACCAAAUUGAUGGCUGACUGCUUGUUCUUCAGCUACUUAUUAUUGGCCUUAGCAGCAGCCUACUUCCAGAGUUACGUCUUAGGUUUUGCUUCAGGGAUCUUCCUAAGUAUGACGGCGAUUGCAGCGCACAACUUCUUCCAUCAAAGGGACAACUUCCGGAUGCAUUACUUCGAUUUCUCGCUGUUAUCAUCGAAGGGAUGGCGCAUCUCGCACGUCCUCAGCCAUCACAUUUACACAAACACUAUCUAUGAUUUGGAGAUCUCCGCAAUGGAACCUUGGUUCCAAUAUCUUCCUGUGAAUAAGCACCCGUUUUAUAGGUACAUCUCCUGGUUGUACAGUCCGAUCGUGUACUUGAUGAUGCUACCCGCUAGUUGGAUUAAAAUGGUUAUUCAGUUUAUAAUUGAUGGAGGUAAAAGCUUCCACAAGGCUUCUUUGCUACCGAUUGCCGCAUUCACUUUGAUGUACUUCUUCUCCACCGGCAGUUUCCUUAAUUUCCUCUUGGUAUAUGGUGCAUUAUUGACAGGUUUAGGUUUGCACUUUGGGUUUAUCGGUGUUACAGCGGCUCACCAUCAUCCGGACAUCUUCCACGACGGAGAUAAACCUAGCAAAGAGAAAGGAGAGCUGGAUUGGGGCAUCCACAUAUUGGACACGGUGAUGGACAAGACCGAUAUAACCGGAAACGAUUUUCUGGUCUUGACUACUUUCGGAGACCACUGCAUGCACCACCUGUUCCCGACUUUAGAUCAUGGCAUCCUCAAACAUCUCUAUCCCGUGCUGUAUGAAACCUGCAAGCAAUUCGAUUUGGAGUACAGAAUAACCACGCAGUUGGAUCUGAUGAUAGGACAAUUCAAACAGUUAGCAAAAGUUCAAGGAAAACUGCAAUAAAAUAGAAACGUAUAUAUUUUAUAUAUAUACAAUAUAAUAACACUUUAAUAGAGCUACCAAUGGACCCUAAACAUUUAUGAGAUGAAAAAACUAUAAUAUUUAAGAGUAUCAGUCAAGUCAAUAGUUUUAGCAUAUUUUAUGAUUGGAUUAGAAUGUAUAUAACCUUUAUAAUUAGUUUUAUCAACCAAUAAAAAUAGUAUCUAAUUA